CCAGAGCCUAGAUUUUAUUCUAACACAGGCGAUUAAAACAUGAGACUUGGGCUCUGAGCUGUCCUGUGUGGACAAUGUAGCUAGGCAAGAGAGGACACAGGAAAACCAGAAGGAGGCAAGCCAGAGUGGUGGGAACAGAGGAAUGGUGUAUUGGAAAGAUAUGUAGGAGAGAGAAAUGAUGUGAAAUGGAGGUGUAUUUUAAUGUGGGCCUCAAAGGAGAGGGAGAUGACAAGGACGGUUUCCUGGGCUGCAACACAGAUUCCUAGUGGAACACACACAGACACACACACACACACACACACACACACACACACACACACACACACACAGAGUCAUGGCUCGUCCUCACACUGCGUUGAGAGUCAGGCAAGGGGAUGGAUGGGGAGAGAAAAAGUGGGGAAGGGAAUGGAGCAUUGAUCCAGGGGCUGCUAUACUGGACACUGCUAUCCCUGGUUUGAGCCAGGAGAUGCUGAGGGGGGGGCAGUUUCCGACUGGACCGCCCACCCACGCCUGGCUGGACGUCUGGCAUCUCUGGAGCACCUCGAAGUGUUGGCUCCCUGCCGGCUUGUAGGGUGCGGCGCCGGCUCAUCCCCUCCAGCCCUGACUCGCCCAUUCCGCUGACCCGUAGGGCGGCGGCUCGGUGUGGUCCUUAGGCCAGCUGAGGUAAUCCAAGAACCCGGGGGUCGACCGAGGCAAUGCACUUGACUCGCUGGGCGGCAGCCGACUCCCGCCUCCCCACCCCGCACCUUCUGGAGAAGUGUGCGCGUAACCGCGACCAGGGUGAUCGAGGUGCGGAGAAGCGGGCAGCUGGCGCGUGCGCGUGGUCGUUGCGUGGGCGCUGCUCUGGAGUCGAAGAGCAUCAAGUGUGCGUGGGCCGGAGCCGGCGCGUGUGCCCGCAGUCGCUGUGCGCGGGGCGGGGGUGCCGCAAGUGCCUUGGGCGCGCGCAGCCUCGCACGGGCGGAGCGAGGAGGGAUGCGUGCGGGAACUUUUCGCCCGCCCCGCAAGUACGGGUCCCGGCGUUCAGAGGAGCUGUCCUCCGCCGCCAGCCCCGAGUGCCCGCCCCGCCCCCACUUCCGCCUCCCGCCUCUUCCUCGUUCCCGGCUCCCAGGGCCGCCCGGUCCCCAGGGAACCCCGCAGGCACAGCCCCACCCGGCCGGCGCUGCUCGCUCCCACGCCCCCGCCGCCGCCUGUCGGGAGCGCACCCAGCGAGCCAGAAGGCGCGGGCGCUGCAGCCCCACUUCUGUGCGUGUCUUACUCCAUUACCCCCAGGGGCUGACAUGGACCCAAAUCCACGAGCAGCCCUGGAGCGGCAGCAGCUGCGUCUCAGGGAGCGGCAGAAGUUCUUCGAGGACAUUUUACAGCCAGAGACAGAGUUUGUUUUCCCCCUAUCCCAUCUGCAUCUCGAGUCACAAAGACCCCCCAUAGGUAGCAUCUCCUCGAUGGAAGUGAAUGUGGACACACUGGAGCAGGUGGAAUUUAUUGACCUUGCGGAUCAGGAUGGAGCAGAUGUGUUCUUACCUUGUGAGGAUUCUCCUCCAACUCCCCAGAGGUCUGGAGUGGAUGACCACCCAGAGGAGCUGAGCCUGCUGGUACCCACGUCAGACAGGACCACAUCCCGGACCUCCUCCUUGUCCUCUGACUCCUCCAACCUGCGCAGUCCAAAUCCAAGUGAUGGGGGAGGAGACACUCCCUUGGCACAGUCUGACGAGGAGGAUGGGGACGGUGGAGGGGCAGAACCUGGACCUUGCAGCUAGCAGAGGCCCCUUACAAACUGAGCGAUCUGGCUGUUCUCCAUGGAGAGGAGACCUUAGGUCCACCAGAGCACUCUGGAGAAGACCUGACACUUUACUUACAUCAGCACCAAAGGGAGGGAAGGAUGGUGGAUGGUGUGCCUGAGAGUUAGCCUCCCCGCUUUACUGAUAACGCUGUCCUGCUGCCACGCCCCCACAGUGCUUUCUUCUGAGAUAGGACUUCCAAGUGAGACUCUCGAAGGUGAGGUGGGACAAGAUGCCACUGUUUUCUUACUCCCCUCCUGCCCCCAAAUGAUCCUGUAGUCUCCCACUAGUCUCCUAAGCCAGUGUCUCUGAGGGAAAGUUCUGAGGAGUUCCACUUUGCAGUUAUCCUGCCUCUAUAAGUCCUUUCUGGGAACAGGAUAUGGUAUAAAUAAUAAAUAAUACUGUACCACUCA